AUGCACUCGGGAGCAACCAACGGGAACGGCCACGCUUCCGACGCCGGCGCCCUCCCCCCGCUCUCGCUCUCGAUCCUCGGCGUCGAGCCGCUGGACGAGUUCAUCCGCGAGGUCGCCGACUUCAUCCACUACCAAAUCAGCACGCGACCACAGGACCUCGUCGGCGCCGUCGAGGUCGAGGCAAAGAUCGGAAUCCUGCGAGAUCGCGACACCGGGAAGCGGCUGCAGCUCCCCAUACUCACCGAGACCAUCCUCGCGCCAAAUGCGAUCGACAUGCGGUUCGAAGCGAACAUGUCUGCAAAACAGCACCAGCACUACAACGAGCUGCUGAACAAGCUGAAGACGACGCCGACGUCCGCGCACCCGUCCUCGACGCUCGCGUACCAGCACCUGCACCUCGUCGACACCUUCUACGCGCAGGACGGCGGCGGGCGCGGCGACAAGGUGCGCGUCACGCGCGACGAGAAGACGGGCACGGUGCUCGAGUGCGUGCGCAAGAUCCGCCUCGCGGACCUCAACAUCUACAGCCCGAAGCGGGCCGCGGACUGGAGGAUUAGCGUGAACCUCGAGGUGCCCGUGCCACCCCCGUUAGGGACCUCAACGCACUCGCGGAAGAAGGACCGCAUGCGGUACUCGCACGAGGAGUUCGUGAUAGACCUCACACAGGUCACCUCCACAGCGGGAGGCAACGCGAAGACGGAGGUCCUGCACGAACUCGAGCUCGAGCUGGCGCGGCCAGAGUACCUGCUCUCGACGGCGGCGAAACGCGGGGACGCGAACGUGUCCGAGCACGACCGGGGCGCGUUCGACGAGCUUAUCCGCGCGUUCGUGAACAACGCGCGCAUUCUUGUACGCAACGCCGAUGGCGGGUGGCAGUGA